AUGGCCACAUAUUUGGAAUGCUGCGAAGAACUACAAUUUCAACAUGGCCCAAUUGAAAAACUCUCUAACACAGAUACGUGGCACAAUGUACAUUCUCUACCCAUCGCAAUCUCAAAUUCACUCGAUCUAUUGGUUGUAGCCCUGAAAAAUACACUGCAUGUGUACAAGUGUUCCCAAUAUGCAUCAGCUCUUAUCACCAAAUCCACGGAUUUGGCCAGGGGAGAGAUGGAUGUAGACAGAUCCAAGACUACGAAUCUCUCUCUAAAUAGCAACAUUUUGGCGAUAGAAGCAUGCAAAACAAAGUCACUACUGGCCUAUCAACUGGAUACAGGCGAGGCUGGAGUUUUAGAAUUGCAUGAUUUAGCCAAAAAACCCGUGCCACUACCUGAAUUACGAUGCUUCAGCUGGUCUGGCGACAAACUUAUAUGUUACCAUACAAAUCUGAACAACGAACUGGUAAUUUAUAAUUUUGAAAAAUACACUGGAAUAUGUGAUCUACCCGAAAAUAUCUCAUGUAAAACGCCUGUUUUUAGCAGCGACAUUUAUAUUUGCGCCUUGGAAACACCACAAAUCGCCCCCUUUUGGGCAGUUGGCCAUGCUAACCCGCCAUUCUUUAUCACAGUCACUGCAGACGGUUACGUAUCAGAACGAAUUGACAUCUCCACGGAACAACAUAAUUGCAACUGCAGACUUGCGGGCAUCUGCCCAAUCUCUGAAAAUCAAGUCUUAACUGCUCUGCUUAUCAAGACGGAUACGACAAUUGAUUCCGCCAUCUCCCUCUACUGCCUUUCAAAAGACACAAAAACUAACAAACAGUUCACUGUGGAAAACGAGUUAUUCAUACAAGAUGAAUCGUUUGGAGACUCUCUCGCCGAUCCCUUCGGCGGUACAGUCAAGUUUGUAAGCUUUGAACCACUGGGCAUCGUAUUGGUGUUCUGCUCCCACACCUCACAGGCCCUAGUACUGGGACACGGAAAACUUUGGAAUAACGAGUGGAACGUCCUGGGGAUGGAUGAAGGAUGUUCAUUAGAAGUCUCAGAUUCGCUCAACUGCCCCCGCGGCAUUGCAAUUAGCACAACUUUCAGAGAGACCUUACACAGGAGGCACGCGCAGGUUGACACGCCACCGCUGGUUAACCCGCCACUUGUACUGUUGGCGCAGCGAGAUUGCACUAUAUCGCUCCAUUACAUAGUAUCCCCCCAUAGCAUAGAGGUCACUACUAAGGUAGAGACCGCUGGGGCCAAGGUUCUGUCCGCGGACAACUUGCUGUCACAUGACAGCAAGUUGUCCGCAUAUGACAAACCGUUGUCCCCUACUAAAAACAGUCAGCUUUCGCCCCUGGUAGAGCGGUUUUUUAGGGAAGGUGUCAACAGUGGAGACGGGUUGCCAAUUUACGAACGUGGUAUCCGCGAUACCCUCAUAGAGGCGCUAUCUCAGGCCUUUCACCUAGUAGAUCAGUCAUUAGAUGGCUUGGACCGGCUGAGCACAGAAGCUAUUGAGCCCAUGCCAGCUAUACCGGACAUUAAAAUAAGCGCGGAUAAGCAUCCCAAUCUGCAAAAGGAGGAUUACAAUCUCUCGCACGUCCGCCGCCUUAUCGCAGAGUUUGUGUGUAUUGCAACUAAACAGCUUUACUGCCCCCCUUUGCAAGUACAAAUGGACAUUAUCGACCUGGAGGCUAAAGUACGCUCGAGGGUGAAGUGGCUUAAAAAUCCAUCUACCAAAUGCAACGACUUUUUGUUCCAACACUUUUCGGCGGAGACCACCGCCGCCACGCUUGCCUAUACUAAUUACUUGCUCGAGCCCGGGUUUUUCUCUAUAGGUGCAUCCCUGUGCCCAUAUCAAGAACUAAACUCUCUGGUACCCAUAGCGGAAGAGUUCAGGCCAUCGCAGCCGGGGGCCGAUGGAUCUGAAUCUAAUAACGCUAGCAUCGGGGUUGAGGAAGAAGCGACCUUGUAUGGGAGUGUCGAUGCCAUGCUGGCAGCCGUCAGUUUGCAAGAGGAAUCCCGCACUAACGGCAAAGAGACUACUUAUUCGACGGGCAUACAGACACUGCCCCCACAAGCACCGGUCCUUAGAGUGGACGCUAUAGAUGAGAUAAUGGGCAAUAGCUGCAUUAUCAAACCCCAAACAAUACAGGGCUUCCAGAACCUCUUCCGAUGCGACGAGGAAAAGGCCAAACUUAGAAACACCAUUACCGAUCGCAUACGCAUAGGGCAUGUAGAAGCAGAUGUUUUAAGGGUAGAUGACAAAAAAGUUGUGCAUAAAAAUUGGCCAAAAUCAUGGCCUGCUCCGCCGGUCUCGACAAUUCAUGCGGGGGGCAGCACGUUCGUAGAAUUGUCCGCUGUGAAGUUCAGGGCGGAACGGGAACGGAUAGCCAAGGAAGGGACGGCAAAGGAAGGGAUAACAAAGGAAGGGAUAACAAAGGAAGGGAUAACAAAGGAAGGGAUAACAAAGGAAGGGAUAACAAAGGAAGGGAUAACAAAGGAAGGGAUAGCAAAGGAAGGGAUAGCAAAGGAAGGGAUAACAAAGGAAGGGAUAACAAAGGAAGGGAUAGCAAAGGAAGGGAUAACAAAGGAAGGGAUAACAAAGGAAGGGAUAACAAAGGAAGGGAUAGCAACUACCGCAAUGGCGGAGGGUGGGCCAAUGGAAACUGCAGAUGAAAUGGCGGCAGGUGCAAUGGAAACGGCCGAACCAGCCAAUAUGAUUGCUGAUGAAAUGACAGUGAGAAGUGAAGACGGGCCCAACCCGUCCGCCUUUGCCGAUGAACCAAAGCCGCUCAAAGAAGCUGACGUCCCGAUUCAGACAAUCGAGCAAUCUGUAUCAGAGACACAGGACAAGAGUCCGGCCGCCAAUUCGGACCACCCCUCGGUCAAGGCCGAUUUCUCGGCCAUGCUGCUGGAGCCAGUUGACGCUAUUGGCGGAGGUGCAUUCAGGCGCCAGACCUAUGGGUUUGGCGAGUCCAGCUUACUGUCAAAAACUCUAGAUCAGGCUAACAACAGGCAGUCUGGAGGCGAUGCAUCUGCGUCUAGCUUUGGUGGGUUUUCCUCAUUUGCCACCUGCGGUGGAUCUCUAGCGGAUUUGGCCCAGAAGGCAUCAUCUGGCUCUGGGUUUGCCGAUUUUUGCAGUCCUGGAAGCUUUGGUAGUUUUGGGAGCUUUGGAUACUCCGCCUUUUCCACUGGUACUGGUAUCGUUUCUAAGGGCUUCACAGACACCGGAUUUGGUCAGGGCAACUUCAAGGGGUUCACCAGCUCCGCAGGGGGCUUUGGCGAGGGAGGCCCGAAAACAUUCUCACAGAGCGCUAGCGGCCAGCAACAAAUCCCGGCCAGUGGUCCUCCUUCUGAGGGUGAUUUGUGGAACAAACCCAGGUGGGCUAACCCCCUUAACUAA